UCGUCUUAUCUCCGACCACCUUGCCGCGAUUGGCUACUCCCCUUUGCGUCGACGGCUACGGGUGUCCCGGCGAUGGAGCUCCUCGCGUCAUCUCCGCCGCCGCUGUUCCCCUCCUCCCCCUGCCGGCGUUCAGGUACUCUCCAUAAUUUCCACGCGGUAGCACCAGGAAAAUCCUACAGCUCAGGGGAGACCAGCAGAAGGGCGAUCUGCAGGGCUGCAGAGAUCCAUGGUUCUGAACAAGUAAAGGGAAGGGAACCACUAAGGCGCGGCACGGUCAGUCCGCGCCUCAAGGUGCCCGAUCACAUCCCCCGACCACCUUAUGAUGGUACCGAUCAACUACCAGAUGUUAAUCCUGACCGGCAAAUGCAUGACAGUGAGAGCAUUGUCCGUAUGAGAGCCGCAUGUAAGCUCGCUGCCCGGGUUCUUCAGUAUGCAGGAACAUUGGUGAAACCCUCCAUGACGACGGAUGAAAUCGAUAGGGCAGUUCAUCGCAUGAUCAUCGACGCCGGUGCUUACCCGUCUCCCCUUGGAUAUGGUGGGUUCCCAAAGAGUGUCUGCACGUCAGUGAAUGAGUGCAUCUGCCAUGGAAUUCCUGAUUCGCGCGAGCUGAGGGAUGGGGACAUCAUCAACAUUGAUGUUACUGUCUACUUGAAUGGCCACCAUGGUGACACCUCAAGAACAUAUUUCUGUGGAGAGGUCGAUGAACCUACUAAGCAGCUUGUGAAGGUCACUGAGGAGUGUAUGCUGAGGGGCAUAUCAGCCUGCAAACAUGGUGCUAGCUUCAAGACAAUUGGAGAGAGAAUAAGUGAGCAUGUCAACAAGUACGGCUACAGCGUGGAUCCCUUUGUGGGGCAUGGAGUUGGGACGAUCUUCCAUUCAGAACCCAUCAUAUGGCACACUUAUGAUUACGAGCCAGGAUUCAUGGUUGCAGGCCAGACAUUCACAAUCGAGCCUACACUGUCCAUGGGGAGCACGCAGUGUGAAGUGUGGGGCGACGGCUGGACCGCCAUCACGGUGGACGGCAGCCUCAACGCGCAAUUCGAGCAUACGGUGCUGGUCACGGUUGACGGCGCAGAGGUUCUCACCAAGUGUUAAAAGGAUAUUUGAAUGGCGCAUAUACGUCACUUGACGAGAAAGCAUAGCAAGAUUGAAUUUGCAAAGCUCUCUGAAGCCCAACACGCCUUCUUUCGUUGGCCUAAACAUCUUAUCCCAGCUUAUCCAAUGUAUUUUCCUCUCCUCACCCUUCUGAGCCCACAAGAACCUACGUACCAAUCCUCGGGGUAAUAUGGUUACAAACAUCCUUCAUUAGUUCAAAGCAAGAAAUGUCAGAGUGCAAGCCUUGAUCAAGGUAUCCUUGCCGCUUUUGGAUGAAAGCUUUCAUUUUGUCCUUGAA